AUGGAAGCUCCCGAGGAACCAGCUGCGCCAAUUGGAGUGGAGUACACUGAUGACGAGCCCCGCUACAUUUCCGAGAGAUUUUGGAUGACGGGCCAACGAGGACGUCGUGGCCGCAUCGACGAACCAGAUAGUACGUAUUCCGAGGAGAUGUUAUACAAAGAAGAGAGUACAGACGAAGUGCAUGUGGGACCGGCUGGCGCUCCCCCCGCCCCAAAUUCACGAGAAGCCAACGUGCCCGUAGGAGGCGGAGCUGAGCAAGCCCCGCCCCCUCCCAGCCCGGCCGUCGUCGAGGCAGUUGCUAACGUUGCCAUUAUUGCAUCUCUUAACAAUGUUGCUCGGCCAACUGUAGAGACUUCUAAUGAGCCUGACGAUAAAGAAGAUAAUCGUAGUAGAAGCUCUUCAGUUAGCUAUUCCGAAUGGGAUGAAACAAGCUCUAGCAGGUACUACAAAAACUGCACAAAACUUACCACCGGAUUCGUCAACAUGUCGGACACCGGUUCUGUCAGCUUCUCCGUGGAAGCAGCUCCGGAAGCUGCCAAGGCUGUGCCAGCCGCCGAGGAAGCUGUUGCUGAGGCUCCGAAGGAAGCUCCGAAGGAGGCUACUCCGCCACCACCAUCGCCAGGAAAUGAACUGGUCCAGGCCGAGGAGCCAGCUGCUGCUGAUCAAGGAGAGAAGAGUGAGGAGGAGGCUGCCAAGGCUGGCGUCAAGGCUCCGGCUCCAGUCGAGGUUCCAGUUCCAGCCCAGGCUCCGGUUCCAGCCGAUGCUCCGACUCCAGCCAAAGCUCAAGCUCCAGCUGAGGCUGCGGUUCCAGCCGCUGAGGCUCCGAACACCGAGGCUCCAUUUCCAGCCAAGGCUCAGGCUCCAGCUGGACACGCGGACGCUGCCGAGGAUUCGUCUUCGAAGCGCAAGGCUGACGCUGACGAGCAAGAGCCGGAGGCAAAGAAAGCGCGCAAGGGAGAAGCGGAGGAGGCCGGAGAUGAGAAGCAGGAAGAGCCAAAUGACGGUGACUAA